AGAAAACUGAUCACAGUAACCCAUCUUUGUUUUACUCUUAGUCAUUUCAUAAUGAGUUGUUAUUCUCUGAAACUAUUUUAUGCACUUUUGCUGCUUUUAUUGCAUGCUGCAGUAUCCAUUCUUGGAUUCAACAGCCUUCCCAAUAGCACAGAAAUUAAGUGCAUUGAGACUGAGAGACAAGCACUCCUCAACUUCAAACAUGGCCUCAUAGAUCGCUAUGGCAUUCUCUCUACAUGGAGUGACGAUGACAGUAACAGAGACUGUUGCAAAUGGAAAGGCAUUCAAUGCAACAAUCAUACUGGUCAUGUUGAGACGCUUCAUCUCCGUGGUCAGGAUACACAAUUUUUGAUAGGUGCAAUCAAUAUCUCUUCAUUGAUUGCCCUUGAAAAUAUUGAACACUUGGAUCUCAGCUAUAAUACUUUUCCAUGGAGUUAUAUCCCAGAACACAUGGGCUCGUUCACCAACUUAAGAUAUCUCAAUCUCUCUUAUUGUGCAUUUGUUGGGACUAUUCCUUCUGAUAUUGGAAAGCUUACACAUUUACUGUCUCUUGAUCUAGGUAACAAUUUUUAUCUCCAUGGACAAAUCCCUUAUCAACUUGGAAACCUUACACAUUUACAAUAUCUUGAUCUAAGUUAUAAUGAUCUCGAUGGGGAACUCCCUUAUCAACUUGGAAAUCUCUCACAGUUGAGGUAUCUUGAUCUUGCGGGGGGGAAUUCAUUCUCGGGAGCACUCCCUAUCCAGAUUGGGAAUCUUUGUUUGUUGCACACUCUUGGACUUGGUGGCAAAUUUGAUGUGAAAUCUAAGGAUGCAGAGUGGUUGACUAAUCUUUCUUCCUUGACAAAACUUAGGCUAAGUUCACUACACAACCUUUCCUCUUCUCAUCACUGGCUACAAAUGAUCAGCAAGCUUAUUCCAAACUUAAGAGAGUUGAGGCUAGUUGGUUGUUCUCUUUCAGAUACAAAUAUUCAAUCUCUGUUUUAUUCACCUUCCAACUUUUCCACUGCUCUUACCAUCCUUGAUCUUUCUUCAAAUAAGCUCACAUCCUCAACAUUUCAACUGUUGUCAAACUUUAGCCUUAAUCUUCAGGAGCUUUAUCUUGGUCAUAAUAACAUUGUUUUGUCAUCUCCUCUCUGCCCAAACUUUCCGGCUCUUGUUAUCCUUGACCUUUCCUAUAAUAAUAUGACAUCAUCAGUCUUUCAAGGUGGUUUCAACUUCAGUUCAAAACUUCAAAAUCUUGAUUUGCAAAAUUGUAGUCUUACGGAUGGAAGUUUUCUUAUGUCAUCUUCUUUCAUUAUGCGUUCUUCAUCUUCUCUUGUGUCCCUUGAUCUCUCCUCAAAUCUGUUGAAAUCAUCAACUAUAUUUUACUGGCUCUUUAACUCUACCACCAAUCUUCAUAACCUUGUCCUUGAUUAUAACAUGUUAGAAGGUCCCAUUCCAGAUGGAUUUGGGAAAGUAAUGAACUCUCUUGAAGUUCUACACCUCUCUGGUAACAAACUGGAAGGCGAGAUUCCAUCUUUCUUUGGUAACAUGUGCGCAUUGCGGAGUUUAGUCCUCUCAAAUAACAAGUUGACUGGCAUGUUACCUAAAAGCAUUGGUUUGCUAUCAGAGUUGGAGGAUCUCUACUUGGAUGGGAAUUCUUUGGAGGGUGACAUCACUGAAUCCCAUCUUUCUAAUUUUUCCAAAUUAAAAUACUUGUACUUAUCAGGAAACUCGAUUUCUCUGAAAUUUGUCCCGAGUUGGGUUCCUCCAUUCCAAUUAAUAGACUUGGGACUCAGUUCUUGCAAGUUGGGCCCCACUUUUCCUAGUUGGCUCAAGACUCAAAGAUCUUUGUAUGAGCUUGAUAUUUCUGAUAAUGGGAUUAAUGACUCUGUACCAGACUUGUUUUGGAAUAACUUGAAAUAUAUGAUAUUCUUAAAUAUGUCUCACAAUUAUCUCAUUGGUUCAAUUCCUAAUAUAUCGUUGAAGCUUCCUCUCAGACCGUCUAUACUUCUGAAUUCAAAUCAGUUUGAGGGUAAAAUUCCGUCAUUUUUACUACAAGCUUCCCAGCUGAUGCUCUCUGAAAAUAAUUUUUCAGAUUUGUUUUCAUUCUUAUGUGACCAAAGCACAGCUUCAAAUUUGGGCACUUUAGAUGUGUCACACAAUCAAAUAAAGGGGCAACUGCCAGAUUGUUGGAAAUCAGUAAAGCAAUUACUGUUCCUUGAUUUAAGCAGCAAUAAAUUGUCAGGGAAGAUUCCUAUGUCCAUGGGCGCCCUUGUUAAUAUGGAAGCCUUGGUUUUACGAAACAAUGGUUUAAUGGGUGAGUUGCCUUCUUCUUUGAAGAAUUGCAGCAGUUUAUUUAUGCUGGACCUGAGUGAAAAUAUGUUGUCGGGUCCAAUACCAUCAUGGAUUGGAGAAAGUAUGCAUCAAUUGAUAAUCUUGAACAUGCGAGGAAAUCACCUCUCCGGAAAUCUACCCAUUCAUCUCUGUUAUUUGAACCGUAUUCAAUUGUUGGAUCUUUCAAGGAAUAAUUUGUCAAGAGGAAUUCCAACUUGCUUAAAGAAUUUGACUGCAAUGUCUGAACAGAGCAUCAACUCAAGUGACACUCUGUCUCAUAUAUAUUGGAAUAAUAACACUUACUUUGAAAUUUAUGGUGUUUACUCAUUCGGAGGUUAUACGCUUGACAUAACAUGGAUGUGGAAAGGUGUGGAACGGGGGUUCAAGAAUCCAGAGUUAGAGCUCAAGAGCAUUGAUCUUUCUAGUAACAAUUUAAUGGGUGAAAUACCAAAGGAGGUAGGAUAUUUGCUUGGGUUAGUUUCUUUGAAUCUAUCAAGAAACAAUUUGAGUGGAGAAAUUCCUUCUCAGAUUGGGAAUUUAAGUUCACUAGAAUCACUUGACUUGUCAAGAAAUCACAUCUCUGGGAGAAUUCCUUCUUCUCUUUCUGAAAUUGAUUAUUUGCAAAAAUUAGACUUGUCACACAACUCUCUUUCUGGAAGAAUCCCAUCAGGAAGACAUUUUGAAACCUUUGAAGCCUCUAGUUUUGAAGGAAACAUUGAUCUUUGUGGCGAACAACUUAACAAAACUUGUCCUGGGGAUGGAGAUCAGACAACAGAAGAGCAUCAAGAACCACCAGUCAAAGGUGAUGAUUCAGUUUUCUAUGAGGGAUUAUACAUCAGCUUGGGGAUUGGAUACUUCACUGGAUUUUGGGGCUUAUUAGGGCCAUUACUACUGUGGCGUCCUUGGAGAAUUGCCUACAUCAGAUUUCUGAACAGGUUAACAGACUAUGUAUAUGUAUGGUUAUGGUGAAUGUGGUGGGAAGUUUUGCUGAACGCUCCAAGGCAAAAAGAUGUGCUGCACGCUUCUGAUCAGAGAAGAAACCAUCGUUGGCAGCUACAAAUGCGAGAUAAUUCUUUAGUAUAGGAGUUUACAAUGUUUUGUAUUUAAGUAAUGAACUGCAAAAUCUUGUUUCCAGAAACUUAGUAUGCUAUUGUUGUAUUUAUUGUAUAAUAUAUUUGUAAUGCUGUUUGUUUUUCAUUAUUGUGCUUAGAUCUGUGAUAUCUAAAAUUUCACCACUUCAUAUUCAUCUUCAA